AUGGAUGAAAUUAUUUCAAAUGUUAAGCUGUCCUAUCCAAAUUAUGGUAGAGAUCUACCUGUGAAGAAAUUAUUUCUAUCAAAGUAUCGUAGAUUUCCUCGAAAAAUUUGUAUAACACCUGCUUCAAAUGAAAACGGAACGAAUGUAGCAUUUCAUGUCAAAAGUGUAUUAGAACGAAUAUAUGGUAACUAUGAUAUUAAAAAUGAAUUAUCUAUUGUUCGACGUUAUUUUCAUCCAUGUUCAAAGAAAUAUUAUAUAUAUGAACAAAUAUUAUCAAUACCAAAUAUCAAUGGAAUCUACAUAAAUUUAAAUAGAUGUUCAUGGAUAACUAAUUAUACAAAUAAUUCUAAAAAAUUGAUUCAACCUGAUUAUAUUCCAAAUUGUCAUUUUCUUAUUGUAUCUGAAAUUCUUAUAUUCUAUUUAGAAGAACAUGAGAUUUUUGUUCAAAAGUUUGCUAAUAAUUUAAUUAAUGAUAAUACAUUGAGUCUUAUAGCACCUAAAAUAGCUAAUUUACGUCUUAUUGGUAAGCAUAAAAAUCGUUGCAACGGUGGUUCGGAAUCAUUUUAUUUAAUGGGUUAUAUAUAUAUGAAAAAGCCACGUAUCGAUGAUUUAGCUCUGAGUUAUGGUGGACAAGAUUUUUUUCAUGUACAUAAUAAAAUUGUUGCAUGGCUUAAUAAAAAAGAUACUCAUGGUCUUGUACUCUUACAUGGAGCACCUGGAUCAGGUAAAACACAUUAUAUACGUUAUUUACUUCAUUGUAUAACAAAUGAAAAAGAAAGAUAUCUUAUCUAUGUUCCAAGUGAUAUGAUUGACUAUCUUACAAGUCCUGCACUUAUUCCUCUACUUCUUAGUUAUCCAAAUUCAUUAUUGAUUAUUGAAGAUGCAGAAGGAAGUCUUUCUCGAUUACGUACAUCAAGUCAAUCAGUUGCUAAUCUACUUAAUCUUUCAGAUGGUCUUUUAAGUGAUGGAAUUCAAGUUCAAAUUUUAGCUACGUUUAAUUGUCCAUUGAUAUCAUUAGAUCCUGCUCUUUUACGUCCUGGACGUCUUAUUGUUCAAUAUUGUUUUCCAUCAACAUUGAAUAUUGAAAAUGCACGACGUUUAGCUGAUUCUAUUGGUGUUUCAAAUAUAGAUCAAAUUAAUGAGCCACUUUCAUUAGCGAAUAUAUAUGCUAUGAGAGAUGAAAAUGUUGCAGAAGAACAAGAUGAACCAAUAACUUCUACUUGUCACAAAUGUGUUGCACUCAAUUAUGGUGAAGAAGAAGAAUAG